CGAGGAAGUAACAGCAAUAAAUGGUGAUAAUUCAAAAAAUUUAGAUUCAAAACAAAAAUUGAAGAAGAAAAAAUCAAAAUCAAAAAAAGUAAAAAAGAAUUAGUUUUAUUAAUUUUAAUUUACAUAUACUCACUAAUUAACUUUUUUUACUUCAGCAUAAAUCGACUCGUGGAAGUAGUAAUCGUCGAAGUAGUAAACGAUCAAAAUCCACAAAAAAACAUCGUCGAAAAGUUUUACCAAAACCAUCGAUCAAUGAAUUGUUAGGCGAAGAAUCUAAUCAAACUGAUGAACAAAAAAAACCAAAACGAGUUGUUAAAACGGGAAAAAGAAUUGAUGAAAAUAAGGUAGAUAAUAAAUAAUGAGUAUUUCAGAAAUAAUUGCUCUCAUUCUGUUUUUUUACAAAAAAAACAGACAUCAAACAUUUUUCUGUAUACUAUAAAAAUAAAAAUAUAUAGAGAAAAUACUAAGAAGCUUUAAUCUCGACAAUCUUCUAAUCCCAAACACAAUUUUUUCAAAGGAAAGAAGAUAGACAUUUUGUAGUCAUUGAAAAGCUCGAUCCAUUGAUUAUGAUUAACAUUCUUCAUACGAUUGGGGAAAAUAUAUUUUUCUUGUAUCAAUUUUGUCAAAUCAUCCGUUUCAAACUGCAGUUUCGAGACAAUUAGCAAAAUUUUUUAAAACUCGGUCGAAAUCAAACAUUUUUAGAUCGGAUUUAUUUUAUCUUAAAGUAGAAUAAUUCUUCUAUCACAUUCGAAACAGAAAAAGUUCAUCAGUAGCUCUGUUUCUUCUCCUAUGUCAAGGCGAAAAAGUAUAAUUUUCUCGUUUCUGAUAAAUUUUUGAUAAAAUUAUCUUUUUGUACAAGAGAACACGUUUAAAGCGAAUCGAUGAUAUGCACGACACUUCAAAACACUAGAACAUACAUUUCCAUUACACUUUGUUGCAUGGAGUUGUUUUCAAAAUAAUGUUUUUUUUUGCUGUGUUUUGAGUUAGAAAAUUAUC